UUCGGGAUAACCUUACCGUGUACUCCGCUGUAGAUCAAUAAUAAUUCAUAUAACGAUACUUCCUGCUACUAUUGAGUAUUGGGACCCUACAGCAUAUCUGAGGUUUUUUCUGCUUUCUGAUCCUCCCUCUUCCUUAGUGCACCGGGAUAUUAAGCUAAAAAGCCCCGGAAAUGUUUUACGAUUAAGAUAAUGUAAACCUUUAUGGGACUGCCAAACAAAUGAACUGCCCUGCAUUGUAUUGCCGGCUGUCAUUGAAUUUGAGGAACGAAAAAUUGUAUUACAGCUUUUAAAAGAUUUUCAUGAGUGUUGUCUUCCUCCACUUAGAGCUCUGUAUUUCCCAGAACUUGCUUCCCUUCGAAGGCGGUUCUUCAACAAGCGGUACUGCCAAAGGGUUUAGAAUCUCAACAAUGCCAUACUUUGGUUCAGAGGAUACAGUGAAGGAGCUGAAGAGAGCCCUGUCCAACCCUCAUGUGCAAACUGACCAUCUUCGCUAUAGGAAUGUUAUCCAACGAGUGAUCAGGCAUAUGACCCAAGGUGUAGAUGUGUCCAGUGUUUUUAUGGAGAUGGUUAAAGCUAGUGCUACCAUAGACAUUGUUCAGAAGAAACUAGUGUACUUGUAUAUGUGUACAUACGCUCCCUUGAAGCCUGAUCUAGCUCUUUUAGCUAUCAAUACUCUGUGCAAAGACUGUUCAGACCCCAACCCUAUGGUUAGAGGUCUGGCCCUGCGCAGCAUGUGCAGUCUGAGGAUGCCUGGCAUACAAGAAUAUAUUCAGCAGCCAAUCCUGAAUGGUCUACGAGACAAAGCUUCUUAUGUAAGGAGAGUAGCUGUUCUUGGUUGUGCAAAGAUGCAGAAACUCCAAGGAGACUGUGAAGUGGAUGGUGCACUAGUUAAUGAGUUAUAUAGUUUGCUUCGGGAUCAGGAUCCUAUCGUGGUGGUAAAUUGUCUGAGGGCUCUUGAGGAAAUUCUGGCACAUGAAGGAGGAGUUGUCAUCAACAAACCCAUUGCCCACCAUCUUCUUAAUAGGAUGCCAGAUCUAGAUCAGUGGGGGCAGAGUGAGGUGUUGACUUUUCUGCUACGAUACAAACCCCGCUGUGAAGAAGAGCUUUUUGAUAUCCUGAAUUUACUCGAUGGAUACCUUAAAAACAGCAGUUCCAGUGUAGUGAUGGCUGCCACAAAACUCUUCUUGGUGCUGGCUAGAGACUUCCCACAUGUCCAGGCAGAUGUGCUUGUAAGAGUUAAAGGUCCACUCCUAACAGCAUGCACAUCUGGGAGUAGAGAACUCUGUUUCACUGCUUUGUGUCACGUGCGCCAGAUAAUAGACAGCCUUCCUGGCCAUUUCAGUAGCCAAUAUAAGAAGUUCUUCUGUUCUUACUCGGAACCACAUUAUAUCAAGUGCCAGAAAAUGGAAGUGCUGUGCAAGUUGGUGAAUGAUGAAAAUGUUCAGCAUAUAUUGGAGGAACUGAGAGACUACUGCACUGAUGUGUCAGCAGAGCUUGCCCGGGCAGCAAUAUUUGCUAUAGGAAAUAUUGCAAGAACCUACUCAGAUCAGUGUGUGAGGAUUCUAACAGAACUCCUUGAGCUGAAGCAAGAACAUAUAACAUCAGCUGUAGUACAGGUGUUCCGAGAUCUAGUAUGGUUGUGUCCACAGUGUAUAGAGUGUGUGGCCCAGCCUUUGUCUGGCUGUGAAGAGAUCAUCCAGGACAGUGAGGGAAAGCAAGCAUUAAUCUGGCUUCUGGGUGUACAUGGAGAAAGAAUUCCCAAUGCCCCUUAUAUAUUAGAAGAUUUUGUGGAGAAUGUAAAAUCAGAACCAUUCUCAGUUGUCAAGCUGGAACUACUGACGGCUGUGGCCCGGCUCUUCAUAGCACGUCCCGCUGAAUGUCAGGAUACCCUGGGGCGAUUACUUUAUUACUGCAUUGAGGAGGAAAAAGACAUGGCAGUUCGGGACCGUGCAUUAUUUUACUAUCGCCUAUUACAAGCUGGUGUGGAAGAAACAAAAGGAAUUCUAUGCAGUCCAACAUCGGAUCGUUCUCUCCGCCUUUUAGAAGAGCAGACUGAAAGUUCCAUUAACGAAUGGGUCCAUGACUUUAAUUCCUUGGUGCCCAUCUAUGGCAAAGAUCAAUGGGCAGCUAUGACAGCUAGUCGAGUAGUUGAUCUCCACUGUGCAGACUCCAGCACAGAUGAUUCCAAAAGAGAAGGCAAAGUGCCGCUGAUGUUGGAAAAGAAGGAGAAGGACCCUGUUCCUAAUGCCAGUUCCAGUAGCCUCACCUUAAUAUCUAGUCUAUGUCUGACUGCAGAGCAGUUUGAGAGGACGUGGCUAAACCUGGCUGUUGGCUGCCAGCAAGCCAUUCCUUGGCAGGAAUCCGUGCAACCAGAGACUUUGCAGGCUGCCCUGCAGAUGGUCCAUAUUCAGACUAUUGCAGUGAGCAAGCCUGGUUCACAGUCAUGGAAAGUCUACCUAGGGGCACAGGAUAACACAGGCUGCCUUUUCCUAACUGAGCUGCAGCUGGAGGCAGGAGGUGCAGAGAUGCAGAUGUUAGUGAAACAGACUGAAAACAAGCUAGAAGCCCUGCAGGCAUUUGUCUCGCUCUUGAAGACAGUUCUGGAGACAGUGGCAGGCCUGACAUCCUGAUUUUUCUAAUUUAUGGGGUUGGUCAUAACCAGGAAGAGACAGCGAUUUUGUAUAUGGUUUAUUUAUUGUAUUCUUUAGGUGAAGCUGUAGGUCUUACAAGUUGUCAAUAAAGACUUUCUACAGCAUAACUUUUAAUGCAAAUGAAAACGCUGUGUUUAGAAAAAUAUGCACAGAAACCAACCACCCUCAAAAGGCCUAAUAUGAAGAACACGUCUAUGGACAAACAAAGGGAACUUUGCUUUUAUCUACAGAAUUAAAAUGGAAGAGCUGAGAUUUCAGGGUGAUGGUAAAUUAAGGAGCAUUUGUGUGUCUGGAAGAUGUCACUUAGCAAUGUUCCCUCUAACGUCUGACAGCUGUGUAUGGAAAAAAAAGAUUUCUGCAGCUUUUCCUAAAUCAAGUACAAAUUUCUUUGCCACAAUAUGAGUAUAUGAGUAAAUUGCAAAUUAAAAAAUAGCAAUUAUAACUUUAUUUCUGCUUAAUUUAAAAUUUAUUUAUUUAUUAAACUCAUACAGCUACCUGUUUUAAAUAGAACAAUCUUAGGAGGCUCAUAAUAAAAUCAAUAAAAACACUAAUAAAACAUGUCACUCAUACACAAAGGAUCACAGUCCCUUUCCAUUGUUCUCCAAUAUUUUGUAUACAUCUAAAAUAGUUUCAUUGGGUAGGGAAAUUUGAUAUUGUAAUAAAACUAAAGAAAAAAAUACA